AUGCCGCAGCUGAUUCUGAGAGUGGCAGUGCCGCCAAAUGUAGCCAAUGAUUUGGACCGCACCCGUCCAGACCUUCUCAGCGAAGACCUCCAGAGGCGAUAUGCCCAGGAGGUCCAGAACCUGCAGGUUGCUGAAGUGGCCAGACAGCUGGAUGACUUCAGGCAGAAGAGGAUGAUGGGGAUGACCCCCAACGAGGCAGAGCUGAUGGACGUGGAGAGCCAUUACCCCACUGACCGCAUCCCGAUGGAGAUGAAGGAGAAGUCUGUAGCCGAGAACCUGCUCGACAAGAUGGCUGAGACACAAACGACCGUCGUCUCGGACGAGGAAAAAUGUCAGUCCAUCUUCUCAGCAGUGGCCUUCUACAUGAAGCACCUUGGGGUGAAGACCCGGGCAGUUGACAGUAAGAAGUCCAGGGGCGGUUUCUUCCGGAGACCGCUGGGAAAGAAUAAGAAGGAGGAGUCCACCAAGACGAAACCCAGAGGAGGGUUUCCUGGCAUCUCAAGCUGGAUCGCAGGCACCACCGAGGUCAAACCUAAAACGGAAGCUGAAGUGGAUAAGGACAAGGUCAACCAGGAGCGUAAAGGCAGCGGGCCAGCUCCCCCUAGAGGCUCCGUGAUCGACCCCGUGGUCCCCUCCUUCCCCAGCAGGAGGUUAGGCUCCAGCGGGUGCGCCGCGUCUCAGCCUGGGUCAGAGGUCAGCGAUGGCCCAGGGAUCGUCAUCAGCGCAGCCAACAGCCCAGAGUCUUCAAACAGCGAAGGGCCUUCAGGCAUUCGCACAGACCCUCUGCCCUCCUCAGAGGGGGGGGAUGUGUCUCCCGCUGGGCUGGGAGCAGGGCUGUCUAUCGGGGAGCCCCUCUCGCCCAGCGAGACCCCCACCGAGGAGAACCCAGACAAAGACAGUAGGAAAGUGGCGCGCAGCGAGAGUGCACGUGUGGACCGGCACUCGUCCCGCCGCCGCGGUUCCACCCGGGCCAAACAGUCCCGCUCCCGUAGCGACGUGGAUCUCCAGCAACCCUCCACCACACCAACCUCACCCGCCCCGCUCACCCCUCAGCACUCCCACCCCAAUGAAGGACUGGCCUUAUUUCCGGAGGGCCCCGGCCCCUCCCCCACAAGCCCCUCCCCUCAGCUGGAGGAGAUAGAGCCGCGCCUCCUGGAACUGGAGCAGGACCCGGCCAACUGGAGAGACCUGGCCUCGCCUGACGCUCUGGCCAACCUCAGCAAGAAGGAAACCAAGAGGCAGGAGGUCAUCAACGAGUUGUUUGCGACAGAGCACGCCCACGUGCGAAUGUUGACCGUCCUCCAGACAGUCUUCUCCAAGCCUCUGGAGAGAGAGGAGAUCCUCACCACCGACGAGCUGGCCGCCAUCUUCCCCAGCCUGGACGAUAUUAUCGAAGUGCACUAUACCUUCUAUGAGAACUUGAAGAAACUGCGUCUGGAGGACAACUUUAUCGUCAAGUCCAUCGGUGUCACACUGCUCAACAGAUUUGGUGGUCCGGAGGGGGAGUGGUUCCAGAAGUUGACAGCCCGGUUCUGCAGUCACCAGUCAUGGGCGCUGGACCAGAUCAAGAGCCGGCAGAAGAAGGACGCACGUUUCAACGCCUUCAUACAGGAGGCAGAGAGUAAGCCCCAGUGCCGUAGGCUGCAGCUGAAGGACAUCAUCCCCAUAGAGAUGCAGAGACUGACCAAGUACCCUUUGCUACUGGAGAAUAUUGCUAAGAGCACAGAGGACGAGACGGAGAAGGGGAGGAUCCAGCAGAGCGCCGAGUGCUGCCGGAAGAUCCUCAACCACGUCAACGAGGAGGUCAAAGUGAUGGAGAACCUUCUGACACUGAAGGACUACCAGCGUAGACUGGACGUGUCGGGGCUGAAACCCAGUAAUGAGCUGUAUACGGAGUACAGGAAUAUUGAUUUGACCCAGAAGAAGAUGAUCUAUGAAGGCCCUCUGACCUGGAAAGUAACCAAAGAGAAAGCUAUCGAGGUGCAGUGUGUGCUGCUGGGGGACAUGCUGAUGCUCCUGCAGCGACAGGACGACAAGAUGGUGCUCAAGUGCCAGAGCAAGAGCAACAUCGCCGUGCAGGAGGGCAAGCAGAUGCUCAGUCCCAUCAUCAAGCUGGACUCGGUCUUCCUGCGGGAGGUGGCCACAGAUCGCAAGGCUUUCUAUGUGAUCUUCACAUGGGACAGCGGGGCUCAGAUCUAUGAGCUGGUGGCCCAGUCUGUUGGCGAGAGGAAGACGUGGACGGAUGUGAUAAAGUCAACGGUGGACGACCUAAAGCUGAGUGGAGCUCCGAUGAAGUUGCCGUUACUUCCCGGCGGUGGAGGACCGCCCUUCAGUCCCACAUUGCUGUCUGCCCCGCUGAGUCCCACUGAGAACGGCGGUUUGAAGAGCGGCGGUGAUCGAGAUAAGGACAGCUUGACCGAUGACAAGUCCACGGAUGCCCGCCACACCCUGAUCGUCUACCUGUCGGACAAAGGCUUCGACCUGAUCCACCACUCCAACACCGACCGGGAGAAGGUGGCCAAAAGUGCACAAGAUGAAGUCAUGCUGCUGAAAAGGCUGUUGGUUGGCAGCAUAAGCCUGUCGGAGGGCUCCCAGCCUAACAAGGAAAAUGGAGGAGAGGGAACGGAGAGGCCGUACCAAGACACCGACUGCUGUCAGUCAUCAGAGGAAAGCCAGCCCGCAGACGGAAGAGCGGAAGGGGAGGACCACGGAGGUGGAACGGAGGGGGGAGGGGUAAAGACGGAGGAGGAGCGGGGCAUCAGCGCGCCCCUGGUGUUGUCCCAAGACAGGAUGGAGGAAGUGCACAUGAGACUCCAGAGUCUGGAGGAAAAGCUGAAGAAACUCGAGGUAGUUGAAGCGGAGUACCACAGGCUGCAGGAGGCUGUCUCCAAGUUUUCGCUGGAGGAGGGCAAUUUCCACUGAGACGCCGGUGCGCUACCUGCUGGCCACCAGAUCAUCAUUAUAGGUGCUGUACUGGAGUGCGAGAGAGACUUUCAGAGGACCGCCUGGAAACCCCCUGUUUUACUCAACGCUCAAGACGUCAUGCCCAGUGUAGUGGUUCAGUAAUGGAACAUGGGAAGUGUGUGUAUGUGGUCGUGUGCAUGAGUAUGUGUGUGUACGUGCGUGUGUGCCGAAGUAAUUGACAAAAGACGAGACACAAUAGCGAUCCUCCUUUCCAGUUGCCAAAAGAGCAAUUUUGCUGUGAGAUUGAUGCUGCCUAACGAAGUGUAUUGAUUGUGAUCUUCUGUGACACACACACACACACACACACACACACACCAUAGGCGCGCACACCAGAGAAAUCUUUAUAUGUUAUCGAAUAGCAGAUAUACAUGGAAGAACAAGCGCUCCCGGUGCAUCCCAAAUGAGUAAUAUCAGCUCGAGCCCUGCAGAGGGCACUGUAGAGUUUUAGAACUUUGGAAUCCUGCGCUGAUCCGAACUGUAUAGUAUUGUAUCUGCAGCCUGUGUGCUGAAACUCAGCAGAGCCGCGAUGUGUUGUGAUGGAAGUCCGGGCGGACACGGGUUCCUCUCCCAAACAGAGCCGCGGCAUCGCACUUGCGGCGUGCACAUCACAUUUCGGUUCAGUCGAGUACAGUUUAGGAAGGCCGGUGAAACGGGCGCUGCUUAGCCAGCCCCGAUCACAGUCGUAUGUGUGUGUGUGUGUGUGUGUGUGUGUGUGUGUGUGUGAGUGUCAGGACGUGUUGUUAGAUACCCUUGUGAGAGUUUUUUUUUUGUUUUUUUUUCUUCCUGGUGUAAUUUAACGUGGAAGGUGAAAUGGGAAGCCUGUGCGCGCACACACACAUGCAAGGAAAGGGCUGACGUUACCCGCUGUAGCAAGUUGUCUGUCGGUGUGUGUGUGCCGCUUUUAUUUAUUCCUCCCGGGUCCUGUUAGGUAAGCGCGCUGCUUCUGGGGGGUAGUGACGCUGUUCUGGCACUGGGCUGGAAGGGACGGAGCGAUGAGGGAGACGGGCGGUGGGGGGAAGAGGAGGGGGGGGAAACGAAGGGCAGGGGCCGAGAAUGUAGAACGACGGUCGAGGGCAGGUGGCGACGAGAGUACGUCGUGUGAGCGGGGAGGGUCGAGGGACAGAAGGGAAAGUUGUCUGUCGAUUCGGCUCGUCGUUUGAAGCAAACUUGAUUUGAAUGGAAGGAAACUGUCGUGGGAAGAUGUGUUUUUUUUGGGGGGGGGGGGAGAGGGUGGGGGAGGCAAAGCUCUUGCACUCGCUGUCCCUGAAGCGAGAUGCAGACGAUCGGGUCAGUGAGUGCAUACGGGGGAGACGCACAGACACGACUGAAGCCCAGUGCUACAGCAGGUUUCACAAAGGAAGGCAGCCGGGGCGAGUGUUGUUUGCGCUCGCCUGUUUUGACGGUGAUGUCUGCAAGGGCAAAAUCCCCACCGCCACCACCCCCACCCAC